AUGGCAAAACUUAGCUUCAUUUCCAUUCUAGCUUUAGCAUUAUGUUGUCUGUCCUCUGCAAAAGCUAGGGAAAUUCAUACAACAGAAUCACCCAUUGAUGAUUCUCCAUUCAAUCUUACCACUAGCUACAGCUAUGUUUGUCAUCCAUCAAGGUUUUCUGAGCUUGGUUUGGACAUCAAGAAAUAUGCUUAUUGUGAUUCGUCACUUCCAUACCAUAUUAGGGUCAAGGAUUUGAUUGAUAGGAUGACCUUGGAAGAAAAAGUGCAACAAAUUGGUGACACUGCCAAGGGAGUCCCUAGAAUUGGUCUGCCCAGAUACGAGUGGUGGUCGGAGGCAUUGCAUGGUGUGUCCAACGUCGGCCAACAAGGAAGUAAAGCAUCAUUUUUUGAUGAUGUUGUUCCUGGUGCUACUAGUUUCCCCAUGGUCAUCCUCACCGCUGCAUCUUUCAAUGAGACACUAUGGAAAACAAUUGGUCAGGUUGUCUCUACUGAAGCAAGAGCGAUGCACAACGUAGGCCAUGCAGGACUAUCGUUUUGGAGUCCAAAUAUCAAUGUUGUGAGGGACCCUCGUUGGGGGAGGGCUUUGGAGACGCCUGGGGAAGAUCCAUUUGUCGUAGGGAGAUAUGCUGCUAAUUAUGUGAGAGGGUUGCAGGAUGUUGAGGGAACUGAAAACGUCACAGACUUGAACAGUAGACCCCUAAAAGUUGCUGCCUGUUGCAAGCAUUAUGCAGCAUAUGAUGUCGAUAAUUGGCUUGGAGUUGUCCGCGAAUCCUUUGAUGCUAGAGUGAGAGAGCAAGAUAUGAUAGAGACUUUUGUGAAACCGUUUGAGAUGUGUGUUAAGGAGGGUGAUGUGACAAGUGUGAUGUGCUCUUACAAUCGUAUCAAUGGCAUUCCGGCCUGUGCAGACCGAAGACUUCUAAAAGACACCAUUCGAGGAGAGUGGGAUCUCCAUGGGUACAUUGUUUCUGAUUGUGAUUCUAUUGAAGUUAUGCGUGACCGUCAUAAAUGGCUUAAUGAUGAUGCAGAAGAUGCAGUUUCUCAAGCAUUAAAAGCUGGUUUGGAUCUAGACUGUGGAAGCUUUUACUCAGACUAUGGUGCAAACGCUGUAACCCAAGGGAAAGUGAGGGAGGCAGACAUUGACGAGGCCUUAAGAAACCUCUAUUUUGUUCUCAUGAGACUUGGGUUCUUUGAUGGUAGCCCAAAGUUUGACAAUCUUAGCAAGGAUCAUAUCUGUUCCCAAGACCAUAUCAAUUUAGCUAUUCAAGCUGCAAGAGAAGGCAUUGUUCUUCUAAAGAAUGAUAACCAAACUUUGCCACUGGACUCGCAAAAAAUUAAAACUAUUGCCGUGGUUGGGCCACAUGCGAAUGCUACUGAUGCCAUGAUUGGCAACUAUGCAGGUGUUCCAUGUAGAUUCACUGCACCAAUUGAUGGAUUCCAGCAAUAUGGGAAAGUCACAUAUGCAACAGGGUGUCAAGGUGUUGUUUGCAAAAAUGAUACCAUGAUCUACCCAGCCGUGCGUGCAGCACUAAAUGCAGAUGCCUCCGUAAUCGUGGCAGGGUUAGAUUUAUCUAUCGAGGCUGAGAGUCUGGAUAGGGAAGAUCUCCUCUUACCUGGUUACCAAACUGAACUAAUAAAUCAAGUUGCUACCCGCUCCAAGGGUCCAGUCAUUCUUGUAAUCAUGUCUGCUGGUGGUGUCGACAUCACAUUUGCCAAGAACCACCCAAAUAUUAGUGCAAUUCUUUGGGCUGGAUAUCCUGGUGAGGAAGGUGGCCAUGGCAUUGCAGAUGUUGUUUUUGGGGCAUAUAACCCUGGAGGAAGAUUACCUCUUACAUGGCAUAAGAAUGAGUAUGUUGACAUGUUACCCAUGACAUCUAUGCCAUUAAGGCCAAUUGACAGCUUAGGCUAUCCAGGCAGAACGUAUAAAUUUUUCAACGGUUCUACUGUAUAUCCAUUUGGAUAUGGUUUAAGUUAUACUACAUUCAACUACUCAUUGGCUGCCACAAAGAGAUCACUUGAUAUCAAGCUGAACAAGUAUCAACACUGCCGUCAAAUCAAUUACACUGAUGCUGCUUUCCAGCCUUCUUGUGCGGGUGUGUUAAUUGAUGAUCUUGAGUCAUGUGACAAUCAAAAUGUUGAAUUCAGUGUUGAGGUGAAAAACACUGGGGAAAGAGAUGGAAGUGAGACAAUUUUGAUUUAUUGGAGUCCUCCAUCAGAGAUUAGAGAUGCCCAAAUUAAAGAGUUAGUUGCAUUCAACAAAGUUUUUGUUCAAGCUGGACAGAGUGCCAAAGUUAAAUUCAACUUGAAUGCUUGCAAGAGUUUGCGGUAUGUUGACUACAAAGGUUACAGCCUUUUGGCAUCUGGUCGACACACUAUUGCUGUUGGAGACAACAUUUUAUCGUUUCCUCUUAGUAUAAAUUAUGAAGUUUCUGAGUAA